AUGGUAGAGAUGUCAUACCCCGGCACCAAGGCAAGGAUGUCAGGUUCCAACACCAUGACAGGGACGUCAGGUCCCAACGACAUGACAGGAACGUCAGGUCCCAACGACAUGACAGGAACGUCAGGUCCCAACACCAUGACAGGGACGUCAAGUCCCAACACCAUGACAGGGACGUCAAGUCCCAACACCAUGACAGGGACGUCAGGUCCCAACAUCAUGACAGGGAUGUCAGAUCCCAACGACAUGACAGGAACGUCAGGUCCCAGCACAAUGACAGGGACGUCAAGUCCCAACACCAUGACAGGGACGUCAGAGCGGUAUAAUACAAACUUAAGCAUACAAUUCGACUCAGAAACUCACACAGAGCAAGAAUGGAAACUCGAGCUGUAG